UGGUAGGUACUCACAGAGGUGUUUUUUGAUCCUGUGUCUUGCACCACUGAGUGAGGUGGGGCUGCUCUGGUUUACAGGCCCCGGAGCUUGUCUGAGCCAUGGCCCAGGUUAAUAGGUUGUCCAGAAAGGUGGUGGGUGCCCCAUCCGUGCAGACACUGCACGUCAGGCUUGUCGGGGCUCUGAGCACCUGAUCAGCUGUAGGCGUCCCUGUUCAGUUCAGGGGAGUUGGACCAGAUGGCCUUGAAGGGUCCCUUCCACCUCAAAUGAUUCUGAUUGUCUGGCUGGGGCUGAAGGUACUCCAGCGGUGAGAUAUUAGGAGGGCAUUGUGCAGUUGGUCAGUUGUGAGCUGUGUUUGUGCUGUCUGCGAGUGUUAAAAGCCACGUUGUGGUGACAUCUCCAGCCCAGUGUGGCUGCCAGGCCCACAGCAGCCUUAGUGCAUUCCUGAUGCACGUUUGGAGUGUGCUGCUCCCAGCACCUGGGGUGCAGCUAGGCUAGCACUUCCUGCUUCCUUGUUGAAGUGAAGGAUCUGGGGGUGCUGGUUUACAGCCAGCUUAACAUGAGCCACCAUUGAGCCCAGGUAGCCAAGAAAGCCAAUGGCUUCUAACAGAAAUAGUGCAGCCAGCAAGAGCAGGGAGCAGUGUCUGGAGCAUGUCCUGUGGGCACUGGUUGAGGGAACAGGGAUGGUUCAGUCUGGAGAAGAGGAGGUGCAGAGGAGACCUUAUCGCUCCCUACACACCCUGGAAGGAGGUUGUGGUGAGGCAGAGGUCAGCCUCUGCUCCCAGUAACAGCGAUAGGAUGAGAGGGAGUGGCCUCAUGUUGGAUCAGGGGAGGUUUAGGUUGGAUAUUAGGGAAAAUCUUGUCUCCAAAAGAGGGGUGAUGCACAGAUGCACAGGGAGUGGUGGGGUCACCAUCCCUGGAGGUGCUCGAGAACCGUGGGGAUGUGGCACUGAGGAUGUGGUCAGUGGGCACGGUGGGCUGGGCUGGGGUUGGAACUUAAGCUCUUUUUCAGCCUUAAUGAUUCUAUGAAGUGCCCUGCUGGGUACCGGGGGCUGUCUGUGGAAAUGCUUUUGGAAAAUACAAAACUAAGGCAGAAAAAAAAAAAAAAAACAAACAAAAAAAAAAAACCACAGAGGAUGGCAGAUGUGCAACGAAGAAGAGGCGCAGGGAAAAACAUAUUGAAGAAACGUUGCUAAUGUAGUGAGGGGGACUGCAGGAGCUGCCUGAGUCACGGGGCCGCGGGGCUGAGCGGCGCCGCGGGGCCGGAGGACGGCGCUGCAGUGAGGGCUGUGCAAUGGCGCCCCCUACCGGCCGGCGGUGGAGCAGCGCGGGGCCGGCAGCGCUCGGGCGGCGGAGGGGGGAACGUGGGAGCGGGCGUUGCCGAGGGGACGCUGACUCCGCUUCUCCUUCCUUUCCCCGGGUGGCAAUAAGGAAACAGGAUAGCGGUCAGCCAGGGAGUGUGCCCGGGAAACACACUUUCGGGAGCCACCCUGUGAGAUCGGAUUGAUUUUUCUGUUUUCAGGGAAGAAGUACAGAAGGCGGUAGGCUGUCUUGGUUUCCCAUUGCAGGAAAAAGGAAAGGGCUUUAGCUAACAGGCACCAAUAUGCAGAAUGUGUGUGCUUUCCUGGAAGUGAGGUGGCACUCUUCAAAGAAAUGAGAUGAUCUGCCCAUGAUCUGCUCUAUAAUCUCCCUCCUCAGCCGGUGAAAGCUUAAUACAGCAGAAAACAGAUAGUUCACCUCCAAGGAGGAUUCUUUCUCUUGGAAAGGGCUCUCAGCAGUGCGUUUAUGUGGGUUUUGAGGCCGCAGGGGAAAUGGCUGUGAAGGAUUUGAACCCUGUCCAUAUCUAGGGUUCUUUUUCCAAAAAAGACCCAUAGGAACCAGAGUCACCUUUGGCUGUGCUAACAGCUUCAUAGGACCUGCAUGGAGCUGAGUGCCGACCAAAGUCUGCAUGACAUUUAUUUCUGCUAUCACUGGGUUGGUUGGGUUAAUCAUUGCCAUCUCUUAUUUAGGUUGCAAGUAAGUCCAUGGAAUCUUAGAGUAAAUAUUUUAAAUACAAAUCGAUGAGGCUUCAAGGGACCCGAGAAAUGUAAAAUGAAGGCUUGGGUUCCUUUCCACCUCCACUCCUAGAACCAUAGGGUUCAGGGUAAUUGGAGACGACACACUCCUGUUUGUCUCGUCCCGCCUGCAGCUCCCACCAGCAGAUGCACCUAUCUGCCAAAACCACAAACCCAGGCUGCUGUACCUCUUGUCCAUACAUGCUGCAUUCAGAUAAGAACGAGGCACAACAUUGACUAAUGCUGCUCCCUUUUUGGAAGGAAAAUGCCAAAAGCUGUUUGAGACAGAAUAGAAGUGCCAGCAUUGCGUGAUCAGUGAACAGCCAGCAGCAAAAAUGGCAGCUCAAGCCUCUCCCAGUGUGUUCCUCCAGGAUGGGAGCUGUGUUCACACCCACCAGCAUCCGGCAUACAGAGCAGGGUGUAGGGAAGCAGUUAUGUCUUCUGUUCUGCCCGCUGUUCCUAAUGUACCUACGGCCUCUUUGUGCCCUCUGUCAGAAGAAAUCAUCAGCUGGAGUAGAUUUCAGUGGUGACAGAUUGAAGCUGUUUGACCAGAUGAUGGCACACAACUGUCGCUGAGACGCGGCACCUGUGGCUUCGCAGCGCUUUGGUUUUGGCCAUAUGUGGGAGCACUGCUGCCUUCUGGCUUGGCCUUGUUGCUGGGUGUUGGGACGCAGAGCAGGGAUGAGGGAUGGGAAGGAGUGACUGAAGUAAGUGGUGUCCCCAGGAAGUUCUGUUCUGCUGUGUUUUACAGCCUAGGGAGGAGGUGAUAGGGGAAAAGGUGAUAUUCUGGUUUAUGGAAAAUAAACAUGGUGGUAGCACUGCCAUGUGCACCGAGGAGGAGGAGGUUGGGCAGGUGUCUGCAAGAGUGAGGAGCGUGGGCCAUGCUAGAGGGGUAAAUGCGUGUGGAUUUCUUUGAGGUACUUUCUGAAGGGAAUUCUCUGGCUCUGCAUUCAGGUUAUACUGGUGACAUGAGGCGAGGCGACAGACACUUCUCUGUUCAUCCACUGUCAUGGGGGAUGUUUGGGUUCUGAUGUUCCCCAUAGAAAGCUGUAGGACAGGGCACCCCAUGGGAGCACACACUGUGCCUGGGGACCCAAAACGAGCCCUGAACCCCACAGUGUAGCCGGGUCUUCUGAGUCCCCAGGGUACCCCCCCGGGAUGCUGGGCCAGCCCCAGCGGCUCGGAGCCUGGCAGGGGGGCUCUCCCCAGCCCCAGCAUCUGGACGCCGGCCGCGGAUGUCAGUCCGGGCUGGAGGGAUCGUUCCCGGCUGGGAGGAGCCAGCAGCAGCCGGAGCUGCUGUAAACAGUGCGGGCACCGCCGGCGGCUGGAAGAUGGAUAUAAAUAGGGAGGCAGAGGGGAGGCAGCCGGAGUGGAGGAGCGGGAGCUGCCUGCGCCUGCCUGCCCCUACCUCUGCCUCUGUCCUUGCCCAGCAGCCGUGUCUGGAGCUCCCGGGAGACGGCCGCCAAAGUUUGCGGCCCCGCGCUGCCGGCAUUGGGUAUCCAAGGUAUCUACCCAGAGAAAUCGUGAAGAAUGGCUCUACCUACCUCCAAGUAUCUGGCUGAAAGCCUUGUUUUUUUUCUUCUAGUAGCGUCUUCUGCAAGCACAGCAGAAGCAGCUGUGGCAUGUCCUGACAAGGAUCCUGAGCUAGAAAUCUGGAACCCAGGUCACAACGAAGAAAACCGCAUCGAAAUCCGCAAUGGCAGGAAGCUCCUCCUCUCAUCUUCAGCAACUGUCCACUCAAUCCACAUCAUGGAUGGAGGAAAACUGAUCAUUAAAGACGAUGCACAGCCUAUCAUUUUGCGUACUAGAUAUAUACUCAUUGAAAAUAAUGGAGAGUUACGGAUCGGCAGCGAGAUGUGCCCUUACCAAGGCAAUGUGGUUAUCAUCUUAUACGGGAGAGCGGAUGACGGCAGCGAGCCCAAUCCCUACUUUGGGCGGAAGUACAUUGGUGUGAGUGAGGGUGGCAUUCUUGAGAUCCAUGGCAAGAAAAAGCUGUCCUGGACUUUCUUAAACAAGACUCUUCAUCCUGGUGGCAUGGAAGAAGGCGGAUAUUACUUUGAAAGGAGCUGGGGCCAUCGGGGUGUCAUUGUCCAUGUGAUUGACCCAAAGAUGGGGGCCGUUGUCCAUUCAGACCGAUUUGAUACCUACCGAGCAAAAGAGGAAAGCAAACGUCUUGCCCAGUAUUUGGACAGAGUUGCGAAUGGCAUGAUCCUGUCAGUAGCAGUGAACGACGAGGGAUCCAGAAACUUGGACGACUCAGCCAGGAAAGCAAUGACCAAACUGGGCAGCAAGCAUUUCCUCCACCUUGGGUUUAGGCAUCCAUGGAGUUUUAUCACCAUUAAAGGAAAUCCCUCCUCUUCUGUUGAAGACCACAUUGAAUAUCAAGGUCAGAAAGGGUCAGCUGUGGCCAAAGUAUUCAAACUAUUCAAAGCUGAGAAUGGAGAACUCUUUAAUGUCUCUUCGACUAGUGAGUGGGUUCAAGAUGUAGAAUGGACAGAGUGGUUUGAGAAGCCCGAGAAAGCAAGAUCUAAAGACAUGGAGAAGCUUUCUGACUUCAAAGCUGCUCACCCUGAUAAAAUCUGUAGGCAGCCCAUUGACAUUCAGGCAGAGACCCUCGAUGGAACUAUUUUAACCACUGAGGUUUUCUACAAGAACGGCCACGACUAUCGGUUUCUUUGCCAUGGCAAGGACCAGACAGGUGAAGGUUGCCAGAACUACAGAGUGCGGUUCCUGUGUGGCAGCUCUGUGAAACCAAAGCUUACAGUAACCAUUGACACCAACGUGAACAGCACGGUGCUGAAUCUGGUGGAUGAUGUGAGCUCAUGGGAGCCUGGAGACAGGAUUGUGAUUGCAAGCACUGACUACUCCAUGUACCAGGCGGAGGAGUUCCAAGUACUGCCAUGCCCAUCUUGCAGACCCACCCAGGUCAAGGUUGCAGGGAAAGCAGCGUACCUCCACGUUGGCGAAGUCAUUGAUGGCGUCGACAUGCGGGCAGAAGUGGGGCUGCUGAGCAGGAACGUUGUGAUCAUGGGCGAGAUGGAGGGGCAGUGCUAUGAGUACAGCAGCAAGUUGUGCUCCUUCUUUGAUUUCGACACCUUUGGGGGACACAUCAAGAUUGGUCUUGAUUUUAAGGCUACCCAUCUUGAAGGUCUAGAGCUGAAAUAUAUGGGCCAGCAGACAAUGGGACAUUACCCAAUUCACUUCCACAUGGCUGGAGAUGUAGACGAGAAAGGAGGCUACAACCCUCCAACAUAUGUGAAGGAUGUCUCCAUCCACCAUACCUUCUCCCGCUGUGUCACAAUCCACGGAUCCAAUGGUUUGCUGGUGAAGGAUGUUGUGGGUUAUGAUGCACUGGGCCAUUGUUUCUUUACGGAGGAUGGACCAGAAGAGCGCAACACAUUUGAUCACUGCCUUGGACUGCUUGUUAAACCCAGCACUCUGCUCCCUUCCGACCGAGACAGCAGGAUGUGCAAACUGAUCACAGAGGGUGCUUACCCAGGGUACAUCCCUAAACCCAGGCAAGACUGUAGCGCUGUAUCCACCUUUUGGAUAGCCAACCCACACAACAACCUUAUAAACUGUGCAGCUGCGGGGUCUGAAGAAACAGGCUUUUGGUUUGUUCUGCACCACGUGCCAACGGGGCCCUCGGCGGGCAUGUAUUCCCCUGGCUACUCGGAGCACAUGCCGAUGGGGAGAUUUUCCAACAACCGCGCACAUUCCAACUACCGAGCUGGAAUGAUCAUCGAUAACGGUGUUAAAACCACUCCUGCCUCAGCCAAGGACAAAAGGCCCAUUCUGACACUGAUUUCUGGGAGAUACAGCCCACACAAAGACGCUGAUCCUUUGAAGCCCAGGGAACCUGCGAUAAUUGAACGCUUUAUUGCCUACAAGAACCAGGAUCACGGGGCCUGGCUGCGGGGCGGAGAUGUGUGGCUGGACAACUGCCAAUUUGCAGACAACGGCAUUGGGCUGACCCUGGCAAGCGGUGGGACCUUUCCCCACGAUGAUGGGUCUAAGCAAGAAAUCAAGAACAGCUUGUUUGUUGGUGAGAGUGGAAAUCUGGGCACCGAGACGAUGGACAAUGAGAUCUGGGGACCUGGCGGCUUGGAUCACAGGGGCAGGACCCUGCCCAUCGGCCCGAAUUUUCCCAUUCGAGGCAUUCAGUUCUACGAUGGCCCAAUCAAUGUCCAGAACUGCACCUUCCGCAAAUUUGCUGCCCUGGAUGGUAGGCACACGAGUGCCUUGGCCUUCAGGCUCAACAAUGCCUGGCAGAGCUGCCCAAACAACAACGUCACUGACAUUCAUUUUGAAGACGUCCCUAUUACCUCAAGGGUCUUCUUUGGAGAACCUGGACCCUGGUUCAAUGAUCUGGAUAUGGAUGGUGAUAAAACAUCUGUUUUUCAUGACGUAGAUGGUUCUGUGUCUGAAUAUCCAGGCUCUUACCUGAUAAAAGAAGAUAAUUGGUUAAUCAAACACCCAGACUGCAUUGAUGUGCCUGACUGGAGAGGUUCUAUCUGCAGUGGACACUAUGCACAGAUAUACAUCCAAGCCUACAAGCCAGCCAACCUCAAAAUGAAAAUAAUAAAAAAUGACUACCACAAUCACCCACUCUACUUGGAAGGGGCUUUGAGCAAAAGCACUCAUUACCAGCAAUAUCAGCCAGUUAUAACUCUGAGGAAAGGCUACACCAUUCACUGGGACAAGACAGCCCCUGAAGAGCUGACCAUAUGGCUCAUCAACUUCAACAAGAACGACUGGAUCCAAGUAGGGUUUUGUUAUCCUAAAGGGUCGACAUUUUCCAUUCUCUCAGACAUCCACAAUCGUCUCUUGAAGAAAACAAUCAAAACUGGAACCUUUUAUAGGGUAUCUCAAAUGGAGAAACUGGAGUACAGAUAUCCUAGCAAAGGAUACUACUACUGGGAUGAGGACACUGGGCUGCUGUUUCUGAAACUUAAAGCUCAAAAUGAAAAGGAGAAAUUUGCUUUCUGCUCUGUCAAAGGCUGUGAACGAAUAAGGAUCAAAGCUAUGAUUCCAAAGACUGCUGGAGUCAGUGACUGUCAAGCCAUGGCUUACCCCAAGUACAUUGAGACGCCUGUAGUAGAAGUGCCAAUGCCUAAGAAGCUAUCUACUGUACAGCUGAAAACAAAGGACCACCUACUAGAAGUGAAAAUAGAAACUUAUAAGAAACAAUACUUCCACCUGAAGGAUGACUAUGCAUACAUCGAGGUUGAUGGUGUAAGGUAUUUCCUCACCGAAGAGGGUAUUCAGCUGAUAGUGAUCGAUGGACAUCAUGGGAAAGUAGUUGAUCGAGUAACAUUCAAAAACUCAAUUCUGCAAGGAAUCCCAGCGCAGAUAGAAAACUAUGUCAACAACAUCAGAAAUCACUCUAUAGUGCUGGUGACAUCUAAAGGAAGAUUCAUUUCAAGAGGACCAUGGACUAAAGUACUGGAGAAACUUGGAGCUGAAAAAGGUUUUAGUUUAAAAGAAAAAAUGGCUUUUGUUGGAUUCAAAGGCAGCUUCCGUCCUGUCUGGGUGAAGCUGGUCACUAAUGAGGACUCAGCUAAAAUCUACCAAGCACUGCCAAUUCCUGUGGUGAAGAAAAUGAAGUUAUGAGGACGCAAAGCUUUGCCUUCUUCUGGCUGCCAGCACUGCCCCACUGGGAUGGACUACUGACUGUUCAUGACAGGCACAUUACAGUGUGCUCCAGAAGCAUAGCGUUUUGUUGUUGUCGUUGUUCAAAAAAAGAAAUCUUACUGUAAGUAGCUAAAGUGGCCGCAUGUGAUGGAAACGCAUUCCUCUGUGAUCAGCGCGUGUUCUGUGAUCGUCGGCACUUCGCCAGUUGACUUCCAUUGAUGUUGACGCUCAUGUUACUAAGCAAGGUUUGACCUGAUCUGCAAGCUGCUGGUUUUAUCAGCACGCCUAUGGCGUGUUUUCUCUGGAAAGGUGAGAUCUAGGGCUAAAGGCCACUGAGGAUUGUUGUUUGUACCAACCUCUAACUUGUCCAAACACUCUUCUUUCCCCCUGGAGUAACCAGCCAACUCAAAGCCUUGAAAAUCUAAGGUAAAAAGUGUGGAUUUGAAUGACUACUUAGAUGCUGCGAAAUGUAACUGGACAGCAAGACUGUACCUUAAAUUUUCUGUGACAACUUAUCAAGCUCUUUGGGAUCUGUGUUGUACAUACUUGGCACAUAGUUGGGGAAGAGAGAGGAGAGGAGUUAAGCAAGUAUACAAGAAGAGACUGAUGCAACCACAUCUUUCUGCUUGUUCAGAAAACCGUGGUUCUCCUGUACCUUCAGGUCUUUUAAUAGUGGUUUCUCAAAUGGGAGGUUUUCCUUCAACAGCAGCCAUAGUCUAGAAGGAAAGACCUGUCAGUCAGCACCAACACUUCCAGCCCUUUCUCUUCAGUCUGACCAUAUAUAUAUUCAGGACCAAUCUAGGAGGUGUAUGGUAGACAGUCAAAAAGGACAUCCUGUUCAAGAUUUCCAGUUCUCAGCUGGGAAUACUGAGACUUGUGUUUCUCAGCUACAAAUGGGUUGAGCAGCACUUAGCUUUCCAGAUUGGGUCAGUCUCUUGGGUGUUGCUUUCCAGCCAAGUCUUUGGCCUUUGGGCCAUGAGUAUCUUGACCUCCUGGAAGAGUUAUGUGAGUGGAAGGUGGCAGAGGUAGAAGUCUUUGAGGUCUUACCAGAUAGCUGAAGAAUUAGACUGGGAAUCCCCAUAUGCUAGUUGGAUGUUGUGUACCUGCUUCCCCCUUCCUUCAAAGCAUUAGGCUGGUAAUAAAGGCAGAUCAGUGAGAGUCAGGACUCCUGCACAGACAUUUCCUGAAGGUGGGAAUAUAAGCAUUAUCUUGUAAAAUACUUUAAGCACUUCUGAUGUUCAGUGAUGUUUCUGUUUGUUGCUCAGAAAUGCCAUGAAAGCGUAUGCAGAGGCAGUGGCUGUUAUAAAGAGGUUUAAGAGAGAAGUUUUAAAAGUAAAUAUGAAAGUCAAUUUUCCCAAUACCUGGGUUUCUUUCCCCUCUUUGUCUCUCCCUGUCCAUAUUACUACAGAAAUUAUUCUGACUGCUGAUAAUUACUUCAUUUUGCUCUGUUUUAAUUAGAACUCCAGUAACUAAAUUGUUCCCCCCCCCUCCCCCACUUUCCAAAAUACUGUCCUUUAGCUAGAAUGAAAGAGCAAUGAUGCGCUGCAGGUCAUCCCACAACAGGGCUGAUGCUGAACUCUGUCAGCCCUGUCCCUCCUUUUUAGAUCAAUAUCUCUGAAAGGAAAAACAAUUGUGAGAAAAAGUCAGAUAGCACUGUAGGCUAUAUUUCCUUCCAGCCUCUCCUGGGUUUUGAAACUGGAAAUGUUCUUUUCAAGCUUAUAUCCAAGCUUUCCCUUUUUCUUCCCUUGCUUCUCAACAAGAGCCUUUUAAUGAAGGAGCAGCACAGUUGUUUUUGGGUUUGGAGCAUUUGCACUGUUUCUGGAAUGGAUGGACAAGUUAGGUGGUGGUGGUGGGUUUUUUUUUUCUUACGAAGGUUUGGGGAAUUUCACCAUCAAAGCACAAACUCUUCCUUGGAAAGGUCCCUUUUUAGUUCAGCCAAACAUCACUUACCUGACAUUCUCUGAUAGGUGAAACAGAAUCAGAUCCCUGAAAUUGAGAAAUACACUGAAAAAAUGUCCCUGAGUGUGUCAGGCUGGUUUAUCUACACAUCUUCAUUCCUAUAAUUGCACCUGUACCAGUGGAGUACACGUGCUUCCAUGAGAUGGACCAAAGUGUGAGCAUUUCUUUCAUGAGCACUUGACAUGGGCAGGAAAGCAAGGUUCAGAAUGUACCUGGUUUGGGAUCUGGUUUUCCACACCCCACUCUGUGAAGCACUUCUUCCCUGGUUGCUGGAGGCUCCCUAUAACUAUACAUGUGCAGAUGCCCAAAGGACCGUGCCCUAGGCUGGCUUCCUCUGCAUUUGUGCUAGAGUUGUAGCUUCUGAUUUUACAAUUUUUGGAAUUCUCAGGGUGAAAUCACAAGACUUGGCUCUAGGAAAACUUCUUCCUAAGAAAAUCUUGUCUUAUUAAGAGAAAAACACUUUAAGUAGCUCAUUCUGUCAUGUAAAGCUUGUCACCUGGGGCCUGUUUGGAGCUAGGGCUGGGUCUCAUGCUGUGAAUACUUAGGACAGGAUCACUGCAGUCUGUAAGCCUGAGGGAUAAUGGAGCAUCAUAGCAGUGUACCGGGGCAGACACUCCUGUGAAAUGCAAAGGACUCCCACUGACGUGAAUUGGAUGAAGUCAGUGGGUUACUCUGAAGUCACAGCUUAGCCUGAUGCCAUCACCAGUCAGCAAUAGUUUUGUGCCAUAUGACUCCUUUUUAAUCUUUAACUGUUGUAGAAAUUGCACGUGCACAUUUUGACUAGUGAAUUAACUGGCUGCUUGUACUUUGUAUGUCCAUUUAACGAUCCCUGCACCAGCUGCAAUGAUCCUCUUUAUAAGGUUUUAUUACUGCAAACGUUCCCAUCUCUGCCUACCCAGUUGCUGUUGUCAGAGUGAUUUUUUGAUUGUUUUUUUGUUCAGAUGCUUGUUUGGUUGGAUGUUUGGGUUUUUUUUUUUUGUUGUUUUGUUUUUGCAUUCUGUUCAAAUGCUUGUUGUACCUGUCGCCGAAAUAGCUGGUCCUUUUUCGGGUUAGAUGUAUAGUGUUUUGUACAUUUUCUUAGAGACUUUCCAAUGAAAAAGAUAUAUUUUCUAUUUAUUUAUUACAAUGGCACUAAGACAACUAAAUUGCAGACAUACGAAGCAUCUUUACUGGAGUUUAGCAUUGGCUAGGUUGUUAAGGAGGUCGGCAAUAUGGCUUUUCUGAUAAUCUGCUUUGCACUUGAAAGCUCUCUAUGUCCGCAGAAUGUGGUAAUGAAUUGACUGUCUGUUUUGUGGUGACAAGAGCUGUCGGGACAUUCGUUCCAAAAGAUUGUGGCUUACAACUGAAAUAACAUGUAGUUGUUUGGAGUACACAACGUUUAUCAAAAUAAAUAUUCAAUGCCAGUUUCUCAUUUUA